AAACCGGAAAAGGGUUGCGUACGCACCUGUAGUAGGGAAAUUAAUUUAAAUUAACGCUACUUUUAUUUCUUUACUUCUUAAUUUAACUGUUACGCAUAAAGCCUUUAGUAUUUAGUAUAGUGUCUAUCUGACGAGCAUAACAAAGUACAGAAACGAUAUUAAAGUACGUAAUACGACGGGGAGAUUUGAUGAAGCAGAAUGUCAAAAGCACAUUUGAGGAAAAAGGAGUCCACUUCCAGCAAAAUAUCCGACGUGCCAGCAGAAGUAUCUCCUCCGCCCACCACGAACACCGAAAGCCUAGACGACGUAUGGCCCGAAUGGAACGACGGGGACGUCUACAGGGAGAAAUGGGACUCGGCCAAAGUGCCAGAUGAUCCAAAGGCCGCGGCCAAGGCUCCUGUUUCAAACCUGUUCUUUGAGGAUCCAGAGGGAAAAAUUACCCUUCCACCUACUUUGAACGUGCACUACUGGAGGCGCCCAAUAGAGUUUCUUGCCAACAUGACUCCCACAGUAGUGGAGAAUACAAUGACCUUUGAUCUGGUAACCUCCAAUCAACAUUUGCUUUGCAGUGAGGUGAUGAGGUGGAUUAUCAGUGAGAUUUACAUCAUUUGGAAAGUCUUUCACAACCCUGAAGCGCCAGAGCAUCAUGGUUGGAAACCUUGGGAACACAUCUACUCGCUCUGCAAGCCGGGGAAAGGUCACGUGCCGCACUUUAACAUCUAUGGGAAAUAUCUGGUUCGACUUUUUUGGAUGGGUUGCUGGAGGAAGAUAUUGGUUGAUGAUUCCAUGCCCUUCGACAUGAACCACAAUCUGCUGCUCCCGGCGUCCAGCUGUCGGUCCGAGCUGUGGCCCAUGCUCUUGGCCAAGGCGCUCAUUAAAGUAAUGAACACAAGGACUCUCAGUGGAGACGUCAACAGAAAUAAAAUGGCGCAGCUCUCCGACGAAGUAGGCGAGUUUAACUUCAUCCACCACCUUACCGGAUGGAUCCCGGAAAUCAGUCCCAUAAACUACGUGUGCCGUAGAAAAACCUGGGAGUUCUUACAAGGCAGCAUCCCGGAAUUCAUGCACAAAAGCCCCGAAAAACAGCAGCAGAAAAAGUCGAAAAGGAUUUCUUCCCACAGCGAUCACAGGAGCCAACGGGAUAUGGACAAAGUUAAAACCAAAUUGGUGGUGUGCGCCAGCUUCUAUCCCAAUCAGCUACGUGACGAUCCCUUUACUUACACAAAAAUGGCCGAUUCCUCAGAAACCCUCCGUCGCUAUAACCUCUGUUAUAGCCACAGCCACAUCGUCUUGUUGACCCAGACCCGAACCUGCUCCUUGGAGGUACCGACCCAACCUCCGCCUGAACCGCCGUGGAAACUGAUCCGCAAGCAAAAAAAGAAGCCUGUGAUCACCGAUGAACCACAGUUUAUUCCUUUGCCCGAACCAGAAGAGUUCAUUGGUGUUGCCAGCCCCUUCAUCGACCAGUGCGUUAAGAGCCCGCCAAGCCCCACGACAGAGCGGGUGGACAAGAAGCAGCCCCCGUUGGAGCCCAUCCCUGAGGGAUCGGAGAACGAAGGCCGGGAGGCUCAGGAUCCGGAAGCCACUGAAACUGAUGUCAACUGUGAAACCAUCGUUGAGGAAGUCGAGGUUCCUGCAGAGGACAAGAAGAAGGACGAUGACGCUGUCUCCGUUGAUCUGCCCUCUAGUGUAAUAAAAGAACCCAUAGUCAAACCCAUAUUACCAGAAGUUUGGAUGGAAUUGGAGGACUUUCCAAAAUGUUUCUGUCGCUUGUGGGUUUUCCAUAACCCAGACACGUACCCACACCAAUCGCAGAAGUCUCAUCUGAAGUGUUCCUAUGCGCGAGGGACUUACUACUUUUGCGUGGACAGCCUGCAUCCUUCUCAGAUUCUCAUCAGUUUUUCUGGCCUGCUUCGCUGGGCAGGACUGGACAAAUUUGGGAAAAUCAGCGUGGUCGCGGAACAAGUUAAAUUCGCAUCUCAAGCUCGUUGCCCCGCCCUUCUCCAGGCUGCACCGUUCCACUGGAAGAGCAGACAAUGUCAGCAACCUAUAGUUACCAUUGAGACCAAUUGCUCCAAAGCCACCAUACUUAACCUACCCUCAGGGCGCCAUGUUUUGUCCUUCCACACGUACGCAGAGCUGGCCUACCAUGUGCACCUGUUUAGCAAAACACCUUUCUCCUUUGGCGACGAGGAAACCAUCAUGUCGCUCUGUACCAAGGAAAGUCUUCGUUUCUGUGAGAUGUCAAAAUCAAUAAUGCGAGCUUUGUCCAAAUUGGUGAUUUCCUUUCACGACCGACACGGCCACAAGCCUCAAAUAAGACACAGCCUGGAGGAGGCUUACAGUCCCAAUCAAGGCCCGUUGGAAAACUGGCAAGCCGAAAAGGUUUUCAGCUUGGCUGUCUAUCAUGUUCUGUCCGACGCCCUGGGCAGGGAAAUGACCCCGCAGGAGCGCUUUGCUGUGAUGGCCCUCACUGCUGACCCUACACUGCUGAGUAGGGCACGAAGGCCACGCUUCUAUGCAUUUUGUGAAGAGUUAAAAACCCCCGCAACAUGGAUUGACAGGCUUCCAACAAAGGAGGAGGUCAACGCAGCGAUUGUUCUGCAGGCUGCAUUCAAGGGACACUUGGUGCGAGAUGUUCUCAAACACUCCAGAACUGGCACAAUGGAGAGCCUCCAUACGUCCCCAGUGCUUUUAGAAAUGUGGUCCAAGGUGGAAUGUGACAUGGAGAACAACGGCUUCUCCUUGCUCCGGUACAUGUUCGAGCUCUCCGACAGGGAAACCAUAGUCUACCCAUGUCAGCUGGAUGAAUGGACCAAAGUGGUCUUCACCGACUACUCUGUCAUCCUCCCGGACAAGGCCAACUCUUGGAUCCUGGUCUUCAGAGAGGUGUUCUUUUUCACUAAGGAGACACUGCUGUUACCAAUGGUCUACAGUCCAGUGCCGUAUUCUCGGCUUCACGUCAUUAAUAACGACACCGGAGAAGAGCUGAGCAAGCUCAUCACAAGAGUCCCGCCGCUUCUUUAUCAACCUAAUGAGCUCGGUUACACUUUUGUCGCUGAGGUCCUCACACCUGAGUUGCCACCCAUUGAUGCCAGAUGGACAUUGCGCUUGAUCGCCACAAGAGAGCCUCUUCCACAGUUGUCCCAUGAGCUGCCACUCAACACAUUUGCCGUGCAGGAAUUCCAAGAUUAUUAUCUUCCCAACAUAAACAAUAUUAUAUGUGGCUAUACGGUCAAAGUGACUGUGCCUCUCCUCGGCACCAUUCACUUUCAGACAUCGAGCCGUUACGUCAAGAUACGUCUGUCAAUCCUGGAGAAAGAGACGGUCGUGGCCAGCGCCACCGGGCAAGGCCACGUCAUCAUUCCAGUGGCCAACUUCCUGCCCAAUGAGGAGGUGGAGGAAGAAGAAGAGGAGGAGCCAAUAGCUCCCAGUGGCGCAGUAGAAGAGAACCAACACACGCCCCCGGCCCAGGAGGACGAGAUCAAGGCGUUGUUAGACGACAGCCAGGAUGAAGAAGAGGAGAGCAGUACGUCGGGGAAAUCAGACUGCGAAGAUGACCACUUGCCGCCGCCCACCAAGCCGCCGGAUUACAGAUAUGUUGUGAGGGCAGAGGUGCUGUAUAACAGCUGGGAUUUGAAUGAGUCCCAGUUGGCUUUUGCCCAUCUGCUCAGUUUCAAAGAAACCCAAGUCUAUUUUCCGGAGGACUUGACGGAAUCCACCUCUGACGUGUCGGGAAGCGACGAGCCCAUCCCUGAAACACCGAAAGUCACUCGAAAAAGCGAAGAUAGCAAGAAGGCAGUCAGCUCCCCAACUGUCUCUCAGGAAGAAAUGGGCCUUGACCUGACUAAGGCCAACUACACGCUGCUUGUGGCUGUCGACACAAACGAAGCAGAAAGCAUCAUGGUGAAGAAGGACAGUGAGCGAAUCGAGCAAAUCAAAGCUAUUAAAAGAGCCUGGGAGGCGGCUGAACCGGGCCGCGCUGCCAAGGCAUGGCAAUUACGUCUAAACUGGCUCAGUCAAUUCUACCAGAACAAGGAUGGUGAGGUUCCAACUCCAGAGCCAGAAAUCAUUGAGUUUGAGGAAGGCUACAGUCCCAUUCCACCCAAUGCUCCCAAUAUACCAAUUGAAGAAAUGUUGAGCAUCGUUGUACCUCCCUUAGACUACAUGCCGUUCAUCAGCUCUCUUCAGGUCAUUGACCAGCUCCUGCCGUGCCCCACGAGGAGAGAUUUUACAUGGAGCCCCCUUCCGAGAAGGAAAACUGAUCACCCAGUCUUCCUGGACCCCGAAAUGGAGGAGAACCAGCGGAAAGAACGCCUAGAGAAGAUCCAGGCCUACCAGCUGGAGCGCGAUAUUCUAGUAGAGGAGCGCCGUCAGAAAGCCGCCAUCAGGAGAGAACGAAUGAAAGCUAUUCUCAUGCUUUAUGAGAAGCAACAGAUGGCAAUGGUUGACGGGCAGCAGAAAUUCACGGACAUGCAGAUGCAUCAAAAUCAGAAAUCCAACGACACUCGCAAAUGGCUUAACAACCGCAUAAGAAGGAGAGAAGAUAAAAAUUUGGAUGAAUCCUAAACAGGCAGCUCAAAACUUGACCUGCAAACAAAAUCUUGCUCGGCCACAUGCAAGUCUGUUUGAAUUUGAACACUUCAGCUUAGAGCUGUUGGCUGCGGUUCCUUACGAAGAAGUGAAUCCAUCACUUGUCUGUGGACAAGAACUGAAUUAACUAGACCAAAAUUUAAGCCGGGCAGAAACAAUGUGCCAAAUUAACAACAAAUGGACUUCACAACACUAAGUCAGUGCUGACUAACCAAUGUGCAUGUGUGUCAAUAGCACAAAUAUUAAACCAAAAUACUUGAUUUAAAGGGAACCGCGGAUCGAAAGACUUGUAACUGAAACGUUAUUAUGAGUGAAAAUAAUUUUAUAUUAAAACACCUGUUGAUGUUUCCGUUUUUAUACAAUUUGUAAAAUUAGUUGAACUAUAGUAGAUCGCCAUUGAUGUUGAAGUCGCAGGGCGGUGAUGUCACUGGGUUACGCUGCCGGGCUUUCAGAGUAUGACUCUAGCGACAUAAACAUGUCAUCUGUUCAGCCCUUUCAAUUUGAACCCAAGAGAAACAUUAAUGAGCAUUAUAGCACUAUCGAUAUUUCACAAAACAAGCAGCAAAAGCAGAAUGAACAGGAAAGACUGGAUGAGACGUGACAAGAGUAGGACAAAAUCGGUUUUCUGCCAAAAUGUGCUACACUGGCGAGACGUCUACAAGAGUUGAAUUUGACAACCAAAGUACUACCAUGCGCUUUCAGCUUGUUUUGUUUGUUUGCAUACGGACAGAACAUACUAUAGAUGCCUCAAGAAAAUACUCAAACAUAGUCAUAUCAAAUAAGGUUGGUUUAAAUACGCUACGUGACUAAUGUGGUCAACAGAUCAACAAUCUGCUUUAAAGCUACCACAAGAAAACACAAUGCUUCAAAGUAUGAGAGGGAAACACAUGCAAAAAGUAUUUUGAGGCAAUGAAAAGGUAAGAAAAGACUCAAUAAAAACACAAAUAGUAAGUACUCGCCGCUUUUAACUAAUGUGCGCAUGUGUUGGACGUAGGAAAGAAUUGCAGAAUACCGCUAGUUACAGUGACAAACUACUUCAUCACUCCGAGCUUCCAUUAUAUGCAUAAAAAAUGGCGCCCUCCUUAGGUCAAAACAUAUACUAAAUAGUAUAGAUUUUUAAAUCAAUGGCAAUAUUUUAUGUGUUUAUAAUAACAUAUUUUAGUAGAAGAGACUAAUUGUGGCUUAUUAGAGCCUACAAGUCUUUAAGUCUGCGAUUCCCUUUAAAUGGUUGUUGUUCUUCAACCACUCAUGAAUUAUUUUUUGCCAUUGUACAUAAUGAUUAAAUAGUAACUUGCUAUUUCAAAAAAAUCCUGUGAAAAUUUUAUUAUUUUUCCCCCCUACAAUUCGUAUCCACUCAGAACAAAUGAAAAAAGUAUUCAUUUUACAUCGAGAUUUUCAGCCUCGCAUUUUCCAUUCAUACACGCAUGAUAAUAUUCUGCAAAGCAUUUGUCUUCUUGAAGGUCACUGUAUUGAUCAAAGGCCCAAAGGCAUGCUGGGUACACACAACCUCCCGCCAGCUCAUGAUUGAUUGAUUGAUUGGUCGAUUAUUAGAUUUGUGUGAAAACAAAUCCCCCGUUCUCAAUGCCAAAAAAGAGAAACUUAUUUAAAAUAAAAUAAAAAUUGACACGAAUAUUGCAAUUUUAAAGCUGAUUAAAUGAUAUAUUGCUACUUCAAAUCUUGAUGCAAAAAGUGAUGCUUCAGAAUGAAUGUGAUAACAGUGCCAUCUAGUGGUUAUGAAUAUUACCAAACUAUCUGGCUGCACUGUGCUUCCUUCCAGAGAACAGAUGUUUCCAUUUUGAGCAUCUGUAGGAGGUUAUAAUGUGAAAUGUGCAGUCAUCCUCAACAAUUGCACUCAUUUAUGAAAACAUUUGAUCUGAGUGCUGCUCAUACUCACGUAAAAUAGAGAGACAUCAUUGUUCCAUGUACAGAAAUGAACGUGUUUGUUGGGCCUUUCGUCUGCGUCGUUCCAGCUUGAUGUGUAUUCCACUCCACUCUGUCAGGCCUCAUUGAUUCCACUGCCAUUUCUUCCCGUUCUGGCAAAGAGCAUUGCCUCGUCACUGCUCCUUCUUUGCCCAACACAAUAUUUGUUUUGUUUUUUUCCAAUCUAAACCUGUGUGUUUCCUUCUCACAGGGUGCACAAGGAGCCGUGGCAGCGUUGUUGUCAGGAGGGAUUAUUACCCUUGCGACGUAAUUGGCUAUAUUAAUGGAGAGGCUGUUUCAUAAUUGGCGGCUGUUGGCGCGACGCAAAGAUGAGAGACAAAAGGAUCGUGCAACCUUGAAAGCAAAGCUACAUGUGAGUUGACUUUCCACAACUAAUAAGAAAAUAUUGGAUUCUUCAAUGGAGCCACAUAGUAGGAUGAUGCAAUUAAGGGGAACUGGAUACACAUUCCCUGAGUGGUGGUGGGAUGGUGGUGGCUCUUUUAUUCACUUUUCAUUUGGGAGAUAAUAAUUCAAGACCGGCUUAAUCGAUUUAGUUCUACGUGCGCUGUAAAGGACGGUCUACCUUUCAGGAAUUUCCUGGCUUUCCAGAGAGGUUCACGUUAUCCUCAGUCAGUCUUUAGUCGUGCUAAUGUCUGCAAUGGUUCACUUUUGUAUAGCCUUAUAAUCAACGGCGUAGGUUUGCGUAGGGACAGUAGGGACAUGAUAAUACCAACUUUUCAAGAUGCUCAAAUUGUCCCCACCAACUUUUAAGCAACCUUAUUUGUUGCUUUUAUUUAUUAUAUGUGUUCAGAUAUAUAGGUCAUUUAGAGUGUCUUCCCAUAUGUUUUAAGGAUAGAAUUGACCCUACCGUUAUUAAGUGAAUUACUUUCUUGCAUUGACCCCUUUUCACUUGCUGAAUCUGCCAGUCAAUGUUUUUUUUCUUUUUUUUUUUUUUUUCUUUUUUUUUUUUUUUUUAUCAAACGGACAUUUGAUUAGCUGAUGACCUGACCCCCUUCCCUCCCACACACACUCAACCUCAGCCCCGGCACAAAUAUAACAUGCCGCCUCCUCCGCCCCCUUCAAAGACAAGGAAUAUUAGUUGUUUUUUUCCGUCAGCAGCAGCCAUUGUAAGUAAUGUAAAAAGACGUCAGUGUUGUGGAGGUGGGGAACACACCACUAAUUUUGCUCCUGAAAAUCUUAAGACAAAUGUUUAUUUUUGGCAUAACUGGAUAACUAAGAGAUUAUUAACAGGUUUGUAUUUAUUGUGUCUGUUAAUAUAAUUUAUGUUAAAAUAUUGCAAUUUAAAUUUGCCAAUAAAAUCCAAUUAUUCUGGAAGUUUUCAAAAUGUUUCUUUAGUAGGUUUUGAAAACAAAGGUUUGAAUCGAAUGGUGUAUCACCUGAACCAAUACAUAUGCACUGCAAAAAUAAACCUUCUUAAAACUAGUUAAAAAGUUCCCUUUUUUUCCAGUGUAAAUCUACUAGAAAUAAGUGAAAAUAUCUGCCAGUGCUUCAAGAAAAUUUUGCUCACUUAGAUUUCUUUAAACUAGUCUUUAACACUCAAAAGAAGAUGGAAAAAUUAUUUGGCCUAUUUAAGAAAAAUUAUGAGACUAAGGCGUUAUAAAUUUGCAGUGUGAAAGUUAGAAUAAUCCAGAUUUAUUUUGCAUUGAUCAUUUAGCCCAGGGGUCCCCAAACUACGGCCUGCGGGCCGGAUACGGCCCGCCUCCAUAUUUGGUCCGGCCCCCUGAACAAUAAUUUUUUUGUUUUGUUUUUUUUGCAGUAGUGUUAUUUAUUUCCUGGCUUUUUUUCUGUGAAGAACCCAGAGAGGGUUAUUUGGUUAUUAUCUAUUUAAUUAAUAGUGUUAUUAUUAUUUAUUAUUAUAUUAUAUUAUUAUUGUUAUUACAUAUAUUUUUUUUCAAUUUACUUUUGUUCCAUGAAGAAUCCAGAAAGGGUUAUUUGAUUGUGGCUUUCUGAUAAACAAAUUUUUACAUUUAGGCUCGUCACACCUUUUCUGUUACAAACUGACCCCGGCCCCUCAUCAGAGAAGGGAAAAGUUAUGUGGCCCUCACAGGAAAAAGUUUGGGGACCCCUGAUUUAGCCUAUCAAUGAAAAAUUUGUAUUCGUGAGAAAUGUAGCUCUGACCCCCAUUCACCCAAUCUGUUUGGUUUUAUUAAUGUCCCGUCCCCAGCAAAAAGUGUACACGCAUGCUAUGCUGUUAUAUCGUCCCUACCAAUAUUGAGACCAAACCUACACCCUUGCUUGUAAUGCUUUUCGAAAGUACAGUGGUACCUCAACAUACGAUCGCUUCGACACACGAUCUUUUCGACAUCCGAUGUAAAUUUUGACUCGCCAUUUGUUUCUACAUCCGACGACAUGCUCGAAAUACGAUGAUUUAUCGCAGCGCUGCAGUUUCUUUGUUUUCCAGCAAGACUGACGGACACACGGCGUAUUUUCUUGUGAGAGAAAUCAGCAUGGGUUCCAAGAGGGGUUAGCGCAGGUGGUGAAAAAAGGAAAAAGGUGAUGCUUACCAUUGAAAUUAAAAUGGAAAUGAUAGAAAAAUAUGAGCGUCGUGUGCGCAUCCGUGAACUGGCUCGACAAUACGGCCGUAGAAUGUGUACGAUCUCGACGGUGCUCCACCGACCUCCGUUCACCAGUCUAAAAGUUAAGGUGACAAUUAUUAUUGUGGUAACUUCGCCAAAGAAACUGCCAGCUUCGUCAGGUUUUUAAUCAUUUAUUUCAGAACUUGUGCAACACAACACGCCUACUGUCCGCAGCAGUUGACGCUAACAAUAAAAGAACAUUAAAGGAGAAAGUAAAAUCACUACCGCACGCUGUAUCUCACUGUCACGUCAGCCACAGGGUGCGUUCAGGUACAGCACGAAAAAACACAUCCGCCACAUUAGAACCCGAUUCGUUACACAAUUUUUUUUUUUUUUUUUUUUUUUGCUAAUUUAGCAAUUACAUUUUUUGUUGAUGCUUUUAAUUAAUGACAAAAUUGAAAUUCACAAAAACAUUUUGGAUUACUUAAAUUCUUAAAUUCUUUAUUAAAGUUCAAAUAAACACGUAAAUAAUAAUAAUACUAGGUCAAAUGCUGAUAGCAUUAACUAGUGCAAAAGAAUGGAAUGCAAACAGAUUCAGAACACUGACUUCGCCUUUCCAACUUGAUUCAAAACAAUUCUUAAAUAUCUAGCAUUAUUACUAUAGUAUACUACUAUAUACCGUAUAAUAGUAGUAUAAUAAUUAUUCAUUGCCAAUCAGAUUUUUCAUAAAGGGUGUCAUUUUAAAGAUACUCUUAGUGUAGAAUCUGAAUUCUGAAGUAUGUGGUAAUAACUCCACAAAUCGUUGAUUAUAUGACAAAAAUGACGUGCUCUUAUUUUGAAAUGUUCACCGGAAGUACAUUCGCUAAACCGCUAACUGUAAGGUUUAGACUCCGCAAAAAAAGCACUUUUCGUUGUUGCGUGUGGUGUCGGUAAUACAUUUUGUUUUUUCAUUUUUUUUGUUUGCAAAUGCUGUUAACCAUUGAUUUUUCAUGUUUGAACUGUCACCUUUGAUGCACAAGUUGGCGUUUUGGAGAAGACUGCCAAUGUUUUAUAGCCGGCUAAAGUAGGUUGUCUUUUUCUCCCCAUUAGCCUCAAUGUAGCAAUGCUAACGUUUACAGCAGUGGUCUCCAAACUAUUCCAAAUUGGGCCGCAGUGGGGGCAGGAUAUCACUCCAACAAAACAAGACCACACCUUUUCACCAAUCUGGUGUUUUAUAAGUGUAAUCAGUUGAUUGUAGU